AAACCAGCCUAAGCACAUCCUUAAUUAUUUAAAAAUCGGUAUAUUCGGAAAAAUAUCGAUUUUCAAUACGGCUACGUCUCUAGUACUACGGCCAUAUUUAUUUUUCAACAUAACCUGUGUGUAAGUGAGAAUAAUAAGGGUCAUAGGUUUUUCACCCGGGAAAGAAAGAGAGUUCCAACUAUUCAUGAAUUAAUUGUAUAACAUAAUAUAGACAUGAAACGCAUGCUAGUGUGGGUUUCCUUAUCGUGUUAAAAUCAAUGUAUGAAGUUAACCGUCUCUCUAGUUUAUUGGUCUCUGGUAGUAAUAACGAGACGUGAUUGCUGUUGAUUACAUUUUUUUUGAAAAUUACGUGUUCGCAUGUUGUUAUCAACAAUUUGAUUAUUCACAGUUUAUGUAUUGUAGACUAGUGUACUCGUAAUUAUUUAAAGCUGAUCACGAAAAAAAUCAAUGGCUACGGAAGAGGAAGAUACAACAUGGUAAAUAUAUGUAUUUUUAGGUUGAUAGAAUUAGAAUCUGCUCUUCUAGAUGGCUGCACAGCACUAGAAAUCAACACACUCACAAAAGGCAAAAAGAUACCUGAAAAUCUGCGAGCUGAUGUUUGGCUUCUUUGUUUAAAUUGCCAAGAUGCUGGUAACCAGCUCCUUUUAUUUGAUGAGAUAUUUGACCUUACUAACCAGAACGAGUUAAGAGAUGAUGUAAAGAAGUUUGUGAAAAGACUUGGGAAUGAUGAUGAUGAUAAGUUAUCAGUAAUUUCAGACAUUGAAUCCAUUAUAACUUAUUAUUGCAAGUCAAAAAAUAUUAAUUACUCAGUAAACAAUGGAUGGAUUGACAUAUUGUUACCUCUUCUAAGUCUAAAACUGCCUCGGGGUGAUACUUAUAAUUUAUUUGAAAAAAUAUUGCAACUCUAUAUUUCUCAAGGCUGUGUCAAAAAUGGUGUGCCAUUUCAUAUUUUGAGACUUAUUCUUCAAUACCAUGACCCGGAGCUAUGUUCAUUUUUAGACACAAAACGUAUAACACCUGAGCAAUACUGUUUGCCUUGGUUGAAAUCAUUGUUUGCUGGAACCUGUAGCUUGGAUGUAGUACUUUUCAUGUGGGACUUGUAUUUUCAAAGGUCUGAUCCUUUUUUCGUAUUCUUUCUAUGCUUGAUUAUGAUUAUAAAUGCGAGAGAACAAUUACUGCAAAUGAAUAAUGAGGACAAAACAACUAUUAUAAAAACAUUGAGUAACAUGCCUGGUGAUUUGGAAGCCAAUGAUGUGUCUGAUUUUUGUUCAUUGGCACAUUAUUACUCACUCAAGACCCCACAAUCAUUUAGAGAAGAUGUGUUAGAAGUUCUAUUUUCGGAGAGUGGAGUAGAAAUAAAUUCAAAAUUAUAUUCUCAAGCUCUUUGUCUUCCUGUCGCUGUACAUGAAUUGAUCGAGAGUGCGACAUUAGACAAUGCAAAUGGAGACAGCGUUAAAUUCUUUUUAGUGGACUGUCGUCCGGCAGAACAAUACAAUUCGGGUCAUUUGUCAACUGCCUUUCAUCUUGAUUGUAACUUGAUGUUACAAGAGCCUGCAGCAUUUAAUACAGCAGUUCAAGGCUUGCUCAAUGCACAGCGGCAAGCUCUCGCUGCUGGCUCGCUAGCCGCUGGCGAACAUUUAUGUUUCGUAGGUUCUGGCAGAACUGAGGAAGAUAGUUAUGCGCACAUGGUUGUAGCAUCUUUCUUGAAGAGAAAUACAAAGCAUGUGUCCAUGCUCGAUGGCGGAUUUGUGGCUAUUCAUGAUUAUUUUGGCCCCCACAUGUCUGAUUGCUUAGAAGAGCAUAAUCCUUCUUCUUGUUUAGUAUGCGCGCCUAAUAACAACAAUGAUGGAAUGGAAGAACGCCACCAGUCUAAAAUGAGAGAUAACAUACCUGCUAAACAGUUGUUUAGUAAACUAUCUUCAGCUAUGAAGGCAAAAAGUCAAGAGGUGAAAGGAAAAUUGAUAGAAUAUAUUGUUAAUCCCAAUUCUACAUAUAACAAUGGAGAAUGGCAUGUUUCUGCGAAUGAUAGGAAGGAACAAAGAUAUAGAAAUGUGCCUCCAGUUUUCAGUAUCAACGAUGAGGACGAUGAUUCACGAUCCGAUAGCAUGAGGCGCGAUCUUCCCGACGCUGACUCUUUAGAGGAAAUUGUCGAUGUGCAAUUAUUCCUCAAAGAGUAUAACGUAGUGGAUAACUUUCCAUGCCAAGAGGUAUUGCUUAAUGGCUAUAUGCACGAUUCUUAUCUAGUCGUUACAGAAACCCAUUUAAUUGUAUUGCGAGACAUUCCAAACAAACGCGGUGUUGCUAAAGUGAUGUCGCGCAGACCUUUAUCUACGAUAGUCAAAAUUACAGCUAAAAAACGACAUCCCGAGUUAAUAACUUUUAAAUAUGGUGUUCCCGAUGGCGAUAAUUUAUUGAUAAAAGAUAUGGAUCGUUUCCUUAUACCCAAUGCUUCUGUAGCUACAAAAGUUGUCUCGAAUCAGAUAGUUCAGCAGUUAGAUAAUAAAUAAUUAUAAUUAGUCAAUUAUAUUGUCGUUACAGCCAUUAUUGCGUGUAGAUCACCAACAAUUACAGAAUAUAAAAAAAAAGAAAAAAAAAAAUGUUAUUAAAAAGAAAUUAUGUACCUGUCCAAUUUAUUUAUUAGGCCAUCUAGAGAAGAGAAUAUAAUAUAUUGAAUAUUGAGUCAGGGUGGAACACAAUUGUAUUAUAAUAUUUUUACUAUUAUUAUUUCUAUAUUGUACUGCAUACCAUAGAUUUUGGUGUGUAUGAUUCAGUUUUUAAAACUAAAUUAAUUCAAAAUGUAGACGUCGUUAAUGCUGUGAUAAGAAUAGCUUAUUAGAAUUUUUAGAUACCACAAUAAUUAAUAUACUUAACACAGUUAUGUGCAUCUGGAUUAAUCUUUAAAAGCUUAGUUCAAAAUAAUAAGAAAUAAAUGCACUUUUCAAUUAAAACACUGCUACUUACUUUUAAUUAAGCAAGUCUUUAUAGAUAUAAAUAAUUUUUAAUUAGUGCUUUUUAUGACGGCUUUGUAAGUAUAAGGUAUGAGUAUUUGGCCUAGAUGAUAUAUGAAUAAAACAUUUAGUUUGACCAUAGCACGGAAAUCUUAAACAGUUUUGUUUUAAUAAAUUGUUUAAAUAUGUUUGUAGUUACUAAUAACUUCAUGUUUAUAAUUAUUCGACUAAUUUUUAUUUUUAGUGCAAUAACUCAUACCUUGUAUAUAAAUGGCAUGGAGCAGAGAAUAAAAUAAAAUGAUUGUACAUUGGGA